AGUAAUUUUCUGGCUCAAGUGCCGCAGCAGGUUUUGCCCCUUUCUAUGACCAUGUCCAAGUCUGAGGAGCUUGGUGAUUUGAACCAUUUAGUUGUGGCCCAGCUGAACAAGACCAAGUUGUGUGCGAUGUUCGCUCGUGGUUCUUGCAAUGACACAUCAUGCCGAUUUGCCCACUCGGUCACAGAGCUACGUGCACCACCAGACCUGACGAAGACAGCCAUGUGUCGCGCAUUUGCCCGCGGAGAGUGCGGCGAUGCUGACUGCAAGUUUGCACACGGCGAGAAGGAGCUUCGCGUCACUGAGAGUGUGUACAAGACGCAGUUUUUGCUCCUGUUCCCUUCGCUCAGGCCGCACGUUGUCGACCCUGAGUCAGUGUUGGCAGGCUCGCAGGAUCUGGUGGGCGCAAGUGGGUGCUUCUCGGGACCGCGCUCUCGUUGUGGCCGUGCGCAUUUUCGGACUUGGCGAUCACUUUUUCGUGGCAGGCGCAGUACUUUGCGCGGCGGUGGUCUUCGGCACGUUGUAAUUUCGCGGCAGGCGCGCUACUGGGGAAAUCUUGAAGUGGGAGGCGAGAGGCUCUGUAACUUUUUCAUGCGAGGCCACUGCAAGAAGGGCAACCGGUGCCGGCACGCCCAUGGCGCAAAAGAGCUGCGCAGCUUCAAAGCUGAGGGGGCAAGUUUUCAGGGAGCACCGAAACCGCUUAGUCCAGGCCGCGUUCACCAGCGACAAGGAUCUGGAAAACAAAUUGGCGAAACAACUACGUUUGGUGUGCUAGUUGGAGGCGAACCCUUUGAUUUUCCAGAGAGGCAAAUCUUGGAGAUCUUUGAGGAUAACUUUCCUUCAUCUCCGCAGACGCCUUGCCAGUGGCCAGCUGAUCUCCUCAACUUCGAUGGAGAGUGCAGUCCUAGUGCUUUCGAGGUUCCCAUGAAGGUUCCACUUCCCAGACGUCCUCACACAGGAAUCGACGGAUUCGAUACUCCACCACGCUCACUGGUCCCAACGCCACCACUGGCCAACUACUCACCACUGGCGUCUUCGGGCGACUUGAAGCACGCUUUGCCCUGGAAUGAAGCCUCGCUGCAUCAGCAGCAGAUUGACUGUGAUCCCGCAGGUUUGGCGGCCUUGGCAGCCGUCGCUGCCUUGGAGCACACAGCAGCGGCCAACAUGGCCACGGUGCAUGCCUGGACACUCGCGAGUGCGGCCAUGAAGGCGAACUACACUCAGGAUGUGCCAGGCUUGUGCCAGGUGCCAGCUCUCAACUCAGACCAGGAUUUGGUGACUUCCAUGCCGAUGCCUCGAUUCGCUGACGAGCGCAUGGUCAGGAGGUACACUUGAGGAUUCCGUUGCGUAGCUUUUGAACUUCAAGCUGACGAAACAUAGCGGACAUAGCGCUUCUUGGUGAGAGCACCUGCUCGUCGAACGAGCCUUGAAGUGCUGGCAAUACCUCCUAGUUUUGUUGCGCGGCCUAACCGUAGGUUUUUUGCAGUGAAAAUUGUGGUUUGGGUGGGGUGAAGCACCUGAAACAUGGAAAAAUGCAGUGCGAAUGAAAAACUGUUAUCUGUCGUGUUGUUGUUUUUGUUUUUUUGCCGUGUUUUUGCGCCUCCACCUGGGCAGCAAUACGCCAAAUCGUUGGAAAACGGGUUUGGCAUGGUUUGGCAGAGGUUUAACAAACCGAAUCUGAAACCAGAAUGGUUUGAAAUGUUUGGUGCAAGGACACUGUCGAAAAAUGUAGUUACAAUGUAGAGUAACGUGUUUGCGCGCAAUUUAUUGUGUCCGUUUCCUCAAAGCCAGGCUGGCUUCAGUGCUAGGACCAGGUGAUUCUGCGGACACCUGUUAGAACUAGUUGCACCACAAGUUGUUUAUAAUGCAUGGCAGCCUGACGUCGAUGGCAGUAACUCAAAAAGUAUACGUGUGCUGCCAUGCAUAGUCUUUCCCUGGUUGGCUGGAGGUGACCUGGCACUUGACCUUUACGUACACCAUACCAUAGGUGUAAUGACAAUUUUCCAAUACAGAUCGAUCUCCAACCAGGUAGAGCACCUCGACCUCUAGAGGCGUGUCAAGCUUGAGCUUUGCAUCGCCAAUACUUUUUGUGAAGAAACAUGGAAAAAAAGGUGCAACAAAGUGAGCUUUGUUGCGGCUGAGCCCAGACAGGGGGUCGUGCUCAGCUGGCCCAUCUGGCCCGAGCUGGGUAUGUCUAAGGACUGUCAGCUGCGUUGCCGUUGACAGUUAACCAGUGGCUCAGCCACUUAUUUUUCCGGUGGCCAAGGAAACUAUUUUUGUCUCUUUGAC